AUGUCAAUAUACAAGAACUGGAAAUUGCCCCAGUAUUUCCAGAAGGUUGUUGUGAUUUUCACCUGUGUGCUCAUUUUUCUCUGGAUCGCUGUCACAUUGCGUUUCCAACGCCUGAGGCCCUCAACAGAGCUUUUCUGGAAGACAACUGGGGCUCCACCAAAAUAUGCAUUCGCUACAAUAUUGACGUCCGAAGGGGAUGUGGAGUUUCCAGAUGUCGAAGAACCCUAUCUCCGAGCUGUCCGGCUUCUCACUUAUCAACUUCUUCACAACCCUCGAACCCGAAAUGCCAGUUACGAAAUUCCUCUCUUGGUCCUCGUGACACCAGAUGUGCCCGAAACUCAUCAAGAGAUCUUGAGAAAUGACGGAGCAACCGUAUUACCCGUUGAAACCCUCGAACGCGACUGGAUUCAUCCGAAAUGGGGCCGCUGGAGCAACGUGCUCGCCAAGUUGCACCUGUGGACAUUGGAAGAAUACGACAAGAUUGCAUUCCUAGACGCUGACUCCGUUAUAUUCAACCCGAUCCAUGAGAUUUUCGAAGACCCGGCCACCGACAUUCGCCAAACAAUAAUCCCAACGUCAAAUGAAACGGUCAACUCCGAAAUUGCCGACAAGUUACCCUACGAGUAUAUGAUCGCUGGAAUCCACGAUCCAUGGAUGGAACAAUUCAUGCCACCACCAGAGAAUAUGGUAUUUUACGAGAAGGGUAGCUAUAUGAAUGCUGGUUUUUUCGUCCUCUACCCUUCCAAGCCUGUCUUUGACUACUACGGCGCCCUUCUUGAUUUGCCCGAUCAGUUCGACUCUGCCUACCCUGAACAAAAUUUACUCAACUGUGCCCAUCGGACGGAUGGGCCAAUGCCAUGGCAAUAUGUUGGUCCCGGGUGGAAUCUGAAGGGGGCCAGGGAGUCCGACUUGAAGAAUGGGUUGAAAUCCCUCCAUCAUAAGUGGUGGCGGCCCAUACAAGAUGAAUAUGUGAGCGACCGCAUUGCCGAGGCAGUGCAGGAGUUAGAAGCCCAUUUGCAGCUGCAGAGCGAGACACCGUCGUGA